GGCGGGUGGCUGCUGGUGGCCUGCUGGCUCUGGCUGCCGGCGCGCUGUCCCGGCCUCUCCCCGGGCCCCGGCGAGCUGCGGUGCCUGCAGAUGUCGGCCUUCGCCAACCGCAGCUGGGCGCGCACCGACUGCCUGGGUCUGGUCGGGGAGCUGCGCGCCUACAGCUGGAGCGGCGGCUCGGACACCGUGCGCUUCCUCAAGCCCUGGGCGCGGGGCUCGCUCAGCCAGCAGCAGUGGGACGGCCUGCAGCUCAUGCUGCGCGUGUACCGCCGGAGCUUCACCCAGGACAUGCAGGAGCUCGUCAAAAUGCUGAGCUUGGAGUAUCCCUUUGAGAUCCAAGCGUCUGUUGGCUGUGCGGUUCUCCCCGGGAACACCUCGCAAAGCUUCUUCCACGCAGCCUUCCAAGGAAAAGAGAUCAUCAGUUUCCAGGGAACUGCCUGGGUGCCCGCCCCGGAUGCGCCCGCUUGGGCCCGCAGGGCCUCAGGAAAGCUCAACGAGGACCUGGGGACCCGGGAAGCAGUGCAGUCGCUCCUCAAUGACACCUGCCCCCAGUUGGCCAGAGACCUCCUGGAGGGAGGGAAGUCUGAUCUGGAGAAGCAAGUGAAACCCGAGGUCUGGCUGUCCAGCCGCCCCAGUCCCGACCCUGACCGUCUGCUGCUGGUGUGUCACGUCUCCGGCUUCCACCCAAAGCCAGUGUGGGUGAUGUGGAUGCGGGGUGAGCAGGAGCAGCCGGGCACCCAGCGAGGCGACGUCCUGCCCCAUGCCGACGAGACGUGGUACCUCCGGGUGACCCUGGACGUGGCGGCGCGGGAGGCGGCCGGCCUGUCUUGCCGAGUGAGACACAGCAGUCUAGGAGGCCAGGACGUGGUCCUCUACUGGGGGAGCCCCUCCUCCCCGGGGCUGAUCGCCGUGGCCGUGGUAGUGCCCCUUGUGAUCGUUGGGUGCAUUGGAUACUUAAUCUUCAAGAGGCGCUGGUAA